CUUCCGCAGCAGCACAGAACACGCACCGAAGACAGCCCGCUAUGAGCGCAAAAUGGGCGACACCGAGUUGUCGUACUUUCUACCGUCACGACAGUCUGGCGUGAAUGAUAUGUAUCUUCACCUGGGUUUUCGUGCCCCGGAACGUCUCGUACAGCGGUCACGCGUCCGCAUAGUUUGGGCCAUCUUGAGACUGCGCCAUCCGUUGAUGGGCGCUAAAGUUGAGAUGAACAACCAUGACGACGUGCGCUUCGUGUAUGAGGCGCCAUUUAGUGCCGAUGAUAGCCUAGUUGAUGCUGAUGCCAACCUCGAGUAUACAUCCGAGACGAAGGAUGAACUCAUUGAUCGAUACCUCAAUGGGGGACGUACACUUUCAAAUGACCGCCUGUCUUACCUCAUCGUCUCGCAACCGGCGCACGACACGCUGCCUACGCCACCACGUACACCUUCUCCUUCCAGGGACGCAUAUCAACAGAACUUUGAAUUGACAGUUGUCAAUCCUGACGAACGUCAACUCGAGUUGUUAAUUUGCGCCAUGCACUUCCUGGGCGACGGGAUGGCUCUGCAUCAAUUCGCGAAUGACUUCUUCGGAUUAUUGGGCAGUGGGCAGAGCGAUGCUGAGCUUCAGGAAGUCCUCGAAAGGGAGUGGGAGCAAAGAUGGAACAGCGACAACCAUGGGCUCGCUGAGAGAGGUAUUCUCCCGCCAUGCCUCGAGGAUCGCUUCCCCUCUACAGCAAAAAGAUCGACUCAUCUCCGUGACGCUGCCGCAGAGGUAGAUUUCCAGCUUGCGCAAGCCUCGCUUGUGGGAGGCCAAACAUUCCCGCGACGCAAGGAUCCAAUGCGGCAUACGGUUGUGCCAACAAUCUCCUUCCCCGAAGCACGCACAAAGGCGAUGUUGAAGAAAUGCAAGGAACGCGGAGUCAGCAUUAGCGCUGCGUUGUUUGCCGUCUGCAAUCUCGCAUGGGCCAGGGUCGGUGGUGGACGAGCAGAACUGCCUGCAAUGAUGUAUUCGGCGCUCAACAUGAGACCAUACUUGGCUAAGGCUGAAGCGGAUGCGAUAUGGGACUCGUACUGGUUCCUUGCUAUCGGGUAUUUCAACGUCAUCCUGCCAAACUUCGUCCCUGCAGGAGGCGACGAGAAGACAUUCUGGCAUCGGGCGCGGCAGGCGAAGUUGCAAAGUGCGAGAGCAGCGAAGAGCAAGUUGGUCGUUUCGCGCGCGAGACGUAUGGCCAGAGAGCGAGGCGAGCGUGCCCGCGUGUGGGCCAAGGAAGAUGACGAGAAGGAGAAGGGGACAUGGGUUCUCCCAAGCCCACCACCAUCUGCGUCUCCCGAUGCAUCGUCCGCACCGUCGAUCAAGAAUAUCUUGCCAAGACGAGACCCUGUGCCGUCGUCAGCCUUGAUCGGCCUCUCGCUCUUGGGCAACCUCGAUGGGAUCUACGCGCAUAGGAGCUUCCCUGAUAUCAAGUUGCAUACAUUGACGACGGGCUCCCGACAGCGACAAGGCGCGAUCCUACUGUUCGGCUAUACCUUUCAGCGACGGCUGUGGGUGAGCUUGGGUUAUGACCAGAAUGGAUUCGCGGAUGGAAUCAUAGAAAAGCUCUGGACGGCGAUCGAGGGAUGCGUCGAGGAGUUCCUUGGUUGAUGGACACGGAUUUUGUCGUGAAGAACUUAUUUGGACCAAACAUAGGGCUAUUUUCUCUGGACUCGCUCGCGUUAUGAACGAUGUAGUGUUUUCCCGCUACCAGCUCAUUGUAGUCAGUUUGACGGACGAUCUAUCAAACACAUACCUUUGUACAACAGUGAGAGCUACUUCUGAGCGUCAGAUGUCAUGCAAUGCAGUCUAUAUGUAAAUGCCAAAGGUAGUACUUGAAAACAUGAAUGCGUCGACUGAAGAAGUG